UCCAAAACCACCAACUAAAUUAACUUUCAACACGCGCCAUGUACGGACACUUCGCCACCACCUCUUCGACUCUCGGCACCGACUCUUCGUCGCCGGACGUCAUAGCGCUGUCACAGUUCCCGUUACCUCCACCUCACCAACAGUUACUGAUUCCGUUACCCGACUGUCACACGCAACAACAGUACCACCACACCAACCACUGCCAGUACCACCAGCUUCUCGCUUCUGCCGAGUUCGACUCACUGAGCGAGGCUCUACGAACGCUCAACUCCGACAGUCCGAGCUCCGUGCAGCACACUAGCGGCAGCAGCAGCGGUUGCAGCAUUUGCAACUCGCCGAUUUACAGCACGCGGAAGCCGAGUCUGAUUCAAAGGAGCAUCAGCAGCCACAACGGGUUCUACGGUCAUUUCGGCUCGACCCGUGACCUGAUAGACCCGGGUUCCUGCCCCGUCAGGAGAGUGUUCAGCACCGGCGAUCUGCACCAUAGACAGAGAGGAGAGAGUCCAGUAUCAAGUGAGAGCAGCAUGAUAAUCGAAGCAAUGAGCAGAGCAUGUAGAUACAGUCCAGAGGAGAAGAAAGAGAGAAUUGAGAGAUACAGAAGCAAGAGAAAUCUCAGAAACUUCAACAAGAAAAUUAAGUAUGCAUGUAGGAAAACAUUGGCAGAUAGCAGGCCAAGAAUAAGAGGAAGAUUUGCAAGAAAUGAUGAAAUAGAGAAGAAUCCUCAAGCAGUGCUUCAAUGGAGUCAUAUGGGUGUCGAGGAAGAUGAAGAGUAUGAAGAUAAUUGGAUUAAUUAUCUUGAUUAAAUGAUUAAUAUUAUCUAAUCCUUAAUUAAUCAACCAUUUAGGAGAGUAAAUAUUUAAUUAAUAAUGAUUAAAUUUUCUAUAUCUCUCCAUAUGGUGGGGGUGUGAAUGUUUAAUUUCUAGAUUAGUUUUCUUGAAGUUUCUUGUCGUUGUAAUUUAAAUGCAGCCUUGUUAAUAUAUUGUAA